AAUCAUAAGACGACAGAAGAAACGAGGUUUUGUUUGGGAGCGGUGUGUCGCAAUGAAUGAUGUUUGAUUUUCCGAAAUCAGCGGCAUAAUCCACGUGUCCAAUCUGAUGAUGUCCCACCCUUUCCCUUUUCUCUCUCAAUUUCACUCACACAUGACACAACACAAACCCACCCAGUGCCACCAGACACCAGUGGUGCUAGCUAGCUCUUCUUACUCAGCCUCCUCCUCCUCCUUUGUUAGUUAGAUAGAGCACACCCUCUUCAUUUCUUCCCAAAAUGUUUAAUUUCUUAAUGAGUAAACAGGUCCGAAAGAUUCUCAAGCGCAAAGACAGUGAUGCUGGUCAAACAGGAAAAGCAUUGGAAGACUUGAGAGGCUCUCUGUUCAAUGAAUUUCGUACCGUUGAAGGUGCAAAACGUCAACAACAGCGUACGUGUGGUCCAGCUGCAGCACUUUCCUUCAAUUUUCUGGUUGCAGUUGGUAUUAUUUUCAUGAACAAAAUGGUGCUUCAAACUGUCAAAUUCAAAUUCCCGAUAUUUCUCUCACUAAUUCACUAUGUUGUGAGCUGGUUCUUAAUGGCUCUACUAAAUGCAUUUUCUUUCCUCCCUGCAUCUCCUUCCUCAAAAACUCCGCUGUCUGCUUUAUUUACUCUUGGAUUUGUUAUGUCUCUAUCUACUGGCCUUGCUAAUGUCAGCUUGAAGUAUAAUAGCAUUGGUUUCUAUCAGAUGGCAAAGAUUGCAGUAACACCUUCAAUAGUUAUGGCAGAAUUUGUUUUGUACCGGAAGAAAGUUUCUUGGCCGAAGGCUAUUGCAUUAACGGUCGUAUCUAUUGGUGUUGCUGUGGCUACAGUGACUGACCUGCAGUUCCAUGUGUUUGGUGCCUUUGUAGCACUGGCGUGGAUUGUACCUAGUGCUGCUAACAAAAUCCUCUGGUCCCGACUGCAGCAGCAAGAGAACUGGACAGCUUUGGCGUUGAUGUGGAAAACAACACCUAUUACUUUAAUUUUCCUGGUUGCUAUGUUACCCUACUUAGACCCUCCAGGUGUACUAUCCUUUGAUUGGAACUUCAACAACACACUGGUGAUUCUUAUAUCUGCUAUUCUUGGAUUUUUGCUUCAAUGGUCUGGUGCUUUAGCACUGGGUGCUACGUCCGCCAUCUCGCAUGCUGUUCUUGGGCAAUUUAAGACGUGUGUACUCCUCCUGGGAAACUAUUAUCUUUUUGGGUCGAAUCCCGGCAUAAUCAGUAUCUGUGGAGCAGUUACAGCCAUUACCGGCAUGUCUGUUUAUACUUGUCUUAAUCUGAAGCAGCAAUCAAACAAGAUAUUUCCUCAACAGGUCUCCCAUGUAGCAAAAUCUAAACUUAGCAAAGAAAAUGGCAGUUCCCAAAAUGGACAUUACGGUGCAGAAUCCGUCUAACAAAUUAACUUAGCAGUGCAUUACAUGAAGCAUUUUUUAUCCAUGCUUUCUGUGGUUUCUAGAUUCUGAUAUAACUUAUCAUUUCGGGUGUUAAUAGUGAAUUUGUCAAUUAUGAUGUAUUGUUUAACUUUUACUAGGGCUUACAUGAUUCUCUUACUCGAGGUAACUGCUGCUCGAGUUGGAAUCCCAUCUGUAAAUGAAUGAUUUGGUGGAUUCUUCUCGAGAGUUAUGGUUUUCUCUGACUUUUAGACUUAGAGCAGGAGCUGCUUUUGCAUUUUGUAGUUUCAAUAGAAACAUACUUUUAUCUUGGGGAAAUAGGGUUGAUUUCAAUUUUAUUUGUUGUAUGAAUAGAAUUGUUGGCUUGAAGUGUGGACAAUGUGGAAGUUCAGCUGUCUUCUAUUGAAAUUCAAGUAUAUUGAUGUUCAAUUGUGACACAAUUUUCAAUGUCUUUGUCACCAUAUAUUAGGAUAUAUCAUUGAAAACUUUGAUAUCUUGAAUAAUAGAUAUGAACUUUCAGA